AUGAUUACACAACUUUUAAGUGAUUCUGGGGUAUCCAACUUAGCUUCUACUCACAACCUUUCCCAAAUCAAUAAAAUCUGCAAUCGCAGAGGCGUCUACCUGGACCUCAUAUUUUCCUUUACCCCUACGACUGCAGUUAUCCGCGCUGACGACCUUCUUGUUGCCGAAGACACUCAUCAUUCCACGCUCUCCUGCUCAAUCCUGCUGCAGAAAUCCUCAGCCUCGAGUAACGUCAGGAUUGUACCAGACUUUAGAAAAUGCAACUUGGACGCUAUACUUCGUUCCCUGCAGAGUGUUAACUAUCCUUCUCCUUCUUCUAUACCUGAUGUCGAAUCGGCCUUCUCAGAAUUCUGCGACCACCUUGGCUCUAUCAUAACUCAAAAUACACCCAUAAAAAAGCUUCAAACCUCAGCCUUUCCUGCCCGAUAUAACGCGAAAAUAAAAUGGCUUGUCUUAAGGAAGAAGACCGCCCAUCGACUUCUUAAAACCUCAGGGAAUCUUCAUCAUCGGGAACGCUUUCGCAAUCUGAGAAGCCACUGCAAGUCUUUGGCCACCAAGUGUCAUCGAGACUAUCUAAAAAGAAUUGAAGACAGUAUUCCUCGUAUCAUAAAAUCCUUUUGGUCUCACGCCAACGGACUUAAGAGUAGCCCCUUCUCUGCUGCUAAACUGUUAUUUGAUGGAAGAGAGGCUGAGAGUGCUGCUGGAAAGUGUGAAUUGUUCUCAAACUAUUUUUCCUCUGUUUUCACGAAGAACCAAGUUCCCUCACCAGUCUUCGACUUUGGCUGGAACUUCUCCAUCACAAAAUGUGUCGUCACUGCCUCGGACGUUCAACUCAAACUUGCUUCGCUUGAACCUAAUAAGGGAGCUGGUCCUAAUGCUAUUCCUCCAUGCGUUCUGAAAUACUGUGUCCCUGUUUUGGCUCCUCAUCUGGCUAUCUGGUUUUCCUCCCUGCUCUCACUUGGAAUCUUCCCAUCGGCCCUCAAGCGUGGCUUUGUCGUUCCUAUUUUCAAAUCUGGCGAUCGCUCAAACGUCAAAAACUAUCGGCCCAUUGUCAUUCUCUCUGCUGUUGCCAAGGUGUACGAAAGCAUUGUCCUGGACUACCUCUAUUUUCAUUUCCGGAAAUGUAUCUCUUCCUCUCAACAUGGCUUCCUGCGCUCACGUUCAACAGUAACUAACCUGAUGGAAUUUCAGGAAUACGUCAUGGCUGCUUUUGGCAAUGCUCACCAAGUUGACUGCGUCUACCUUGAUCUCUCCAAGGUUUUCGACAAGGUCAAUCACAACAUGCUUGUAGCCAAGCUUGCCGGAUAUGGUGUGGGGGCCCCCUGCUUGAGUGGUUAA